AGCCGGCGUUUACUAAAGGCGGACAAGGAGCCGGCAUUUUAGUUCUUCAUCCAUCCUCGUGUUUGUCACCUUCCCCGGCCCGCUUCGCAUCUAAUUUGAACAAACGCUCAUCGUUUCAAUGAUGCCUGGUUACGACAGAGGUGAUCGCAGCAGAGACCGCGGCGGCUUCGGGAGCGCACCUCGCUUCGGUGGCAGCCGAAAUGCGCCUGUUGCCGGUAGGAAGUUUGGGCAGCCGGGAGAGAAGCUGAGGAAGAGGAAAUGGGACCUCAACGAGCUGCCCAAGUUCGAGAAGAACUUCUACGUCGAGCACAUGGACUUGGUGAACCGACCUCUGCAAGACAUUGAACAGUACAGAAGAACCAAAGAAAUCACAGUCAAAGGCCUUGGUUGUCCAAAACCAGUUUUCAAUUUUGUUGAAGCUAGUUUUCCAACAUAUGUGUUGGAUGUUUUAGUGCAACAAAAUUUCACAGAACCAACAGCUAUUCAGGCACAAGGCUGGCCGGUUGCACUUAGUGGCAAGGAUAUGGUUGGAAUUGCUCAGACUGGAUCUGGUAAAACGCUUGCUUACUUGUUGCCAGCCAUUGUUCACAUAAAUCAUCAGCCUUUCCUGGAACGUGGUGAUGGUCCCAUAUGUUUAGUGCUGGCACCAACAAGAGAAUUGGCUCAACAAGUACAACACGUAGCACAUGAUUAUGGAAGAGUAUCCCGUCUAAAAUCAACAUGUAUUUAUGGAGGAGCACCAAAGGGUCCACAGAUUCGGGAUCUUGAAAGAGGUGUGGAGAUCUGUAUUGCAACACCUGGUAGAUUAAUAGACUUUUUGGAAGCUGGGAAGACAAAUCUUAGAAGAUGUACAUAUCUUGUACUCGAUGAGGCAGAUCGAAUGCUUGACAUGGGCUUCGAACCACAGAUCCGAAAAAUUGUUGACCAAAUUAGGCCUGACAGGCAAACUUUGAUGUGGAGUGCAACUUGGCCUAAAGAAGUUCGGCAAUUGGCUGAAGAUUUCCUGAAGGAAUAUGUUCAGAUUAACGUAGGCGCGUUGGAACUUAGUGCUAACCACAACAUCUUGCAGAUUAUAGAUGUAUGCCAGGAGGUUGAGAAGGAUGACAAAUUGCUGAGGUUGAUGGAAGAAAUAAUGAGUGAAAAAGAAAACAAAACUAUAAUUUUUGUGGAAACAAAGCGAAGAUGCGAUGAGCUCACAAGACGAAUGAGGAGAGAUGGGUGGCCAGCAAUGUGCAUUCAUGGUGACAAGAGUCAACCAGAGCGUGACUGGGUUUUAAAUGAGUUUCGGUCAGGCAAAGCACCAAUCCUUAUUGCGACAGAUGUUGCUUCCAGAGGUUUAGAUGUUGAAGAUGUGAAAUUUGUCAUCAAUUAUGACUACCCUAACUCCUCUGAAGACUAUAUUCACCGCAUUGGGCGAACUGCCCGCAGUUCCAAAACUGGCACAGCUUACACGUUCUUUACUCCUGGCAACAUGAAGCAAGCAAAUGACCUUAUCUCUGUGCUUCGUGAGGCAAAUCAGGCCAUCAACCCAAAGCUAAUUCAGAUGAUGGAAGACAGAGGUUCAGGUCGUUCCAGGAGUAGAGGUGGCUAUAAAGAUGAUCGGCGUGACGACAGAAGAGACCGGUUCUCUAGUUCGAACAGGAUCGGGGGCUACAAUGGCUUUAGGAAUAGAGAUAGUUUGGAUAGAGUAUAUGGAACAGCAGCUAGAGAGAAUGGUUUUACGCAGAAUUUUGCAGCUGCCAACCAAACCGCCUUUGUUUCUGGGAAAUUUGGCUCCACGAACAGUUUUCCAAGUCUAUCUCGGUUUGGAACUUCCAGUUUUCCAGGAUCUGUGACCCAGGGAGCCACUGCAUUUGGCACUCAGAAUCAAAAUGGUUUCAAGGCUGUCAGUAGCAAGGUCCAGCAGUUUGGAAGUGGGACUAAUGCCUUGCAGAGCAAUGGCAUUGGUCAACAGUCUGUGGGAGCUCCAUACCAGUAUCCACCCCCACCAUUGAUGGGAAUGGGUUUCCAAACACAGACUGGUUAUCCUAUGCCUCUUGCGUAUGCUGGAAUGCAGAAAUAACUUAUUGAACUAGAUGUUGAGUUUUCCAUUCUCUUCUGACUUGUACUGUAACUUUUUUGUUUGAGAGGAUGAGAAAGUUCUUUAAUAUUAGAAACCAUUGAUAUUCCAAGACAGACUGCAGUGCAGCAGUAGAUUUGGUGCACUUUUCUCAUUAUUUAAUUUUUUGUUACUUUACAUUCCUUGGAAUUUUUUUGUUAGUCUUUUUCUAUUAGAAUGGCAGAUUAAUAUUAUACAAGUUUAACUUAUGCAUAAAGUACCACAGUGUAUGUAAAGAUGCAUGUCCUUCCAAUAUGGAAGUUUGAACGUCUUGGAGUUCUGUAUGUAUGUAACUGCCAAAGUGUCAUUUUAAAUAAAAAUUUGGAUUCUGAA